AUGCUCAGUGCCGCCUUCUACGACGGAUAUUGGAGAGAGAGGCGUUUUAGCGUGGCACCCUCGGAGAGCCCUGAUCGGAAUGACAAAGCUCUCACAGUGGAGCCUAGGGGGCGAGGCGGGUUUGCAGAGACGAAGGUUCACAAGGCUGUGAAUCGUCUGUACGCGACAGCCCGAGAUUCUGAGUUGACAUCAAGGGCAGGCCCAGGUAGAGUGCCUUACAAUAGUCCAGUCUGGGUAUUACUGUGGCACGGAUCCAGAUGGCCCGAUCAGCUGAGUCAAGGUUAUCCCGCCGGAUAUCCCACGGCUGCCCCCACCUAUAACCCAAACAUGUAUCCGACUACCAGCCCUGGCUACGCCCCAGCGACGCUACUGAUGAAACAGGCCUGGCCCCAGACAUCGUCCUCUUGUGCCACUGAGGGUACCUUUCACCUCCCAGUGGACACUGGGACCGAGAACAGAGCAUACCAAGCGUCGUCGGCAGCAUUCAGGUACACCGCCGGAACUCCCUACAAGGUCCCGCCCACCCAGAGUAACAGCGCACCGCCUCCUUAUUCGCCAUCUCCGAACCCAUACCAAACUGCGAUGUACCCCAUACGAAGUGCCUACCCACAGCAGAACCUGUAUGCCCAGGGAGCAUAUUACACGCAGCCGGUGUACGCGGCGCAGCCUCACGUCAUCCAUCACACCACUGUGGUCCAGCCAAACAGCAUCCCUUCGGCUAUUUAUCCGGCUCCUGUGGCCGCCCCCAGAACCAACGGCGUGGCCAUGGGCAUGGUUGCCGGAACCACCAUGGCAAUGUCGGCAGGCACUCUGUUGACCACUCCGCAACACACUGCCAUCGGAGCACAUCCAGUCUCGGUGCCAACGUACAGGGCUCAGGGGGCCCCUACCUACAGCUACGUACCUCCACAUUGGUAAUCUCAUUGGCCAAUCCACAUCCGGAGUCAACCAUUGUAUGCAACAAUUCAAGUCUUACAUCGGUGCUGGAGCGGCCGUCCCACGUCACCGAGUCUGUUAGCGAGAACAAAAAAAAUCAAGUGCAAGGGU